CAAGUCGUGCGUGUGGGUGUGCGUUUGGGCGAUAACUGAGUAGCUCUUGAAAUAAUAUAUAAAAAAAAAAAUAAAUAUUGGACGCAGUCCAGAACCCAGAACAACUCAACAUCCAUCGCUCGAGCUGUCAACAACAACGUGUGCGCCGCAGCUCGCUUACAAGCAAAAAAUUAAUAAUAAAUUCGUCUCUCGUUCGGUCAAAUGUGCGUCUAAAUCAAAAUAAAGGAAAUUAAAAUACAAAUAAUAUAUUCGGGAAAUAUUUAAUAAUCUAAUUAUGAGUGACAAACUGGUAAACGGUACCUGCAAUGGCACCAGUAGCAACAACCACAACAACAAAUGCAACGGCAACGGCAUAAGCAAAGGAAAAGACAUUCGUGUUUGGUGUGAUGGCUGUUACGAUAUGGUACACUUUGGACAUGCAAACUCAUUGCGACAAGCCAAAGCACUUGGCGAUAAAGUAAUUGUGGGCAUACACACGGAUGAGGAGAUCACCAAACACAAAGGACCGCCCGUGUUUACCGAAGAGGAGCGUGUCAAGAUGGUCAAAGGCAUCAAAUGGGUUGAUGAAGUGGUGCUUGGUGCUCCAUAUGUGACCACAUUGGAGGUACUCGAUCAAAAUAACUGUGAUUUUUGUGUCCAUGGCGAUGAUAUCACAAUGACUGCCGAGGGUGUGGAUACAUAUCAUCUUGUCAAGUCGGCAAAUCGUUAUAAGGAAGUCAAACGUACAGCAGGAGUUUCGACAACUGAUUUAGUUGGCCGCAUGUUGCUACUCACACGGAAUCAUUUUCGUCAGGGAUUGGCCGAAUAUGAUAUUGAGAAAGAAGCAAAAAUUCUAAAAAUACAACAACUGAACUCCCAUUUAGGUUCUUCGAAUAUGGGCCAAGAUUCGGCAGCCAAAAGUCCCUGGACAGGCUGUAGUCAAUUCUUGCCCACCACACAAAAGAUCAUUCAGUUCAGUGAUGGCAAAUCUCCAAAUCUAGGCGAUAAAAUUGUAUAUGUGGCUGGUGCCUUUGAUCUCUUCCAUGUCGGUCAUUUGGAUUUCCUUGAGAAGGCUAGCAAAUUGGGUGACUAUUUGAUUGUCGGCCUUCACACAGAUCCCGUGGUCAACUCCUACAAGGGUAGCAAUUAUCCCAUUAUGAAUCUACAUGAGCGUGUUCUCAGUGUUCUGGCUUGUAAGUUUGUCAAUGAAGUCGUUAUUGGUGCUCCCUACUGCGUUACAGAGGAGUUGCUGGAUCAUUUCAAGAUUGAUGUUGUCUGCCAUGGUCGCACACCCAUUGCCCUAGAGGAUGGCAAAAUAGAUCCUUAUGCAGUGCCAAAGACUCGUGCCAUCUUUGAGUUAAUCGAUUCGGGCAAUAAUAUGACCACAGAACGCAUUGUGGAGCGCAUUAUCUCUCAUCGUCUGGAAUACGAGCGUCGCAAUCAAGCCAAAGAGAAGAAAGAAAUCGAGGCCUUCGAGGCACUGCAGCGACAAAAGCAAACCCAAAAGGCAGGCUAGCCAUCCGCAAUAUAGCAUCGUACCAGCAGCAGCAUGAUCGACCGAAAUUUUAUUUUAUUUUAUAUAUUGCGUUCCCGUUUUCCGUUAGUUUCUUUUUAUGUAUUCCGCACUCUGCAAAUUUCUAGUUUUGUUAUGUUUUCUUCGUUUUUUUUUUAAAAUAGUUUGUUUAAUGCAUUAAGUCACUGCUAAAGAAAGAAAAACCAAAAUAUUUUUGAGGACUGUUUCAUAGUACAAUUUCAGUUAAAAAUCCUCAAUGUUUAAUUUUUAAUAUAUACCAUAUAUACAUGUAAUACCUUAAUACUAGUAGCAUAAUCUAAAAUCUAAAUUUUAUGUGUAUGAUGUAAGCUCAAAAUUUGUAAAUUCUACUUUAUAUAUUUUAAGAAUUGUUGUAGGCGUGAAAGUCAAAUCACAAUAAAAUUGUACAAAGUAUAUGUGUAUGAAAAGGCGAAACCAAAUAAGAAAAUGACAAUGAUAAUUAUAUAUCAAUACAAUAAUCGUAA